AUGGAAGACAUGGAAGACAUAGAUUCUAUGUUCCCACUCAUCAACAAAUCACCCCAAAAAAAUCAAACUACAUCUACACAAAUAAAAAACACACCUAACUUAACCAUACUAGGCAACAACAAGGAAAAAAACAACGAAUGGAUUACUAUAACAAGUAAAACCUCACACAAAGCGUGGAUCAAAGCAUCAAUUCUCCCACAGGAAUCCACACAAGAAAAAAUAAACACCAUAAUCAAACAUCUAGCGCAUAUCCCUGGAUAUGUAUCAACCAAAUCUAUUCCAUUCAAUUCUGAAUCCUUUAUUCAAAUCUCAUUCGAUUCACAAAAAGGAUUAGAUCAAGCACUCCAAAUCUCAAUUUAUGAUCAACAUUUCUCCAACACCAAUCCCAAUCAUGAAAUCAAUCAAUUUAUCAACAACAUCAUUGCUCUCAGAGAUGUCCCUCUCAACACUGAAGAAAGCCUUAUAAGAUCUUAUCCCUACUCUUAUAAAAAAAAAUUAUACAAACAAGCUCUCUUACAAAAUUCAUCUACAAAUUCCAAAAAAACAGAAAGACAGACUAAUUUUUCUGAUAACACGAGAUCACCUACACUAUGUUCUUGGAAUCAAACAAAUCUUAAUAACUUUCACAAUACUCCCAUUGAUAAUUCUCUAAACUCAAUCUCAUCUAUUCGUAAUGCAAUCACCUCACUUAGAAAUGAUAUCAACAACAUUAUGGCAAAAUUUCAACAACUUGAUUCCAAGCUAGAUAAAAUUCUCAACAUUCUCACCAUUCAAACACCAAGUUCAAAAACUUCUACUUACACACAAUUUGAUGAUACAACUAUCUCACAUAAUCAUAAUGACAACAUCAAUGACAUGUUCAUUCAGAAUGACGAACUCAUUGAUAACACCAUCAAUACUCCUCACAAAACUUUCCAUUUUGAUAAGCUCAUCAAUCAACUACAUUAA